AUUCAUUGAUACCGAGUGCAUAAAUUAUCAUCGUCGAGUUGAACCAAGUAAACGAAUUCUAGAGAAAAUGGCAUUUUUCAAAGUAAGUUAUUUAGUCGUACUAGUGACGGUCAGUGCAGUGCUAAGUCAAGAACUCAAGACCGGCGGAAGUAUAGAAUCGGCUGAAGAGAAAGAUGAUCUUGAAGGAGCAGAAACGAUAGUUCUCGGCAAAAAGUUGUUGCUCCUUGGAGGAUUAGGUCUAGGUGGAUCGCUUGGUGGUGGGUUGGGAGGUGGAUUAAGUGGAAUCGGUAGUAGGUUGGGUAGUCUAUUGGGUGGUAGUCAAAGCGGCAGCUAUGCUCCAACAUAUGCUACAAGCUACGUAGCUGUACCUGCUCCUGAACCCGCACCGAUUGUAUACUCGGCUCCAGCUCCGGCCCCAGCUCCAGCGCCUAUUGCUUAUGCCGCUCCAAUCAGGUACGCAGCCCCGGCUCCAGUUACGUACUCGGCUCCGGCUACCAUCACGUACGCAGCUCCACCACCUCCACCACCACCAGCACCAAUUCCAAUUACCUACUCCGCGCCUGCUCCCGUCCAAGAACCAACAAUUUCCUAUCAGCUCGUUGGAUACCUGCAGCCCGCCCAGCCUCAGCCCGUGACGUACACAAGUCAGGUUACCUACAGUCAGGGCCCACCACCACCACCACCAGCCCCUCUGGUUUCACUGCCACCAUGUGAUCAUUGAGAUUUUCGGAAGCCAAGACAACAAGUGUUCAUAACUCCCAUCACCGCCAGUUUCUCUAGCAGAGAUACUAAAAUGCUCUUAUAUCAGUAGCUGAUAUUACGUAAUUUUAGCAAUUUUUUCAACAACAAAUUUGUGUACGUUUUAUGUGAGAAUAUACCAUUUAAAGAAAGCUGAAA